CAAGCACUUAAUGCACACGUCCUUUGUCCCUUACUUUGGCUUCCGCCCUUCUAAAUGAGGAGAGUCUAUGAUCUGGAGAUGACGGAAGGCCGGCAUUGCCAAGUACACCUCCUUGAUGACAGGAAGCUGGAACUGCUGGUGCAGCCCAAACUUUUGUCAAGAGAAUUGCUGGACCUGGUGGCAUCACAUUUCAACCUCAAAGAAAAGGAAUAUUUUGGAAUAACGUUCAUAGAUGACACAGGUCAGAGCAUCUGGCUGCAACUAGAUCACCGAGUUCUUGACCAUGACUUGCCCAAGAAACCAGGUCCAGCCACUUUGUACUUCGCCGUGAGGUUUUACAUUGAGAGCAUAUCGUUUCUGAAGGACAAAACAACAGUGGAGCUCUUUUUUCUGAAUGCAAAGUCCUGCGUGCAUAAGGGACAGAUCGAGGUAGAAAGUGAAACAGUCUUCAAGUUAGCAGCGCUCAUUUUGCAGGAAGCCAAAGGGGACUAUACCAGUGAUGACAAUGCCAGGAAAGACUUAAAAACCCUGCCUGCGUUUCCUACCCAGACGCUUCAAGAGCACCCAUCCCUUGCUUAUUGUGAGGACAGAGUGAUAGAACAUUAUCAAAAAAUUAAAGGUUUGACUCGAGGACAAGCGAUUGUUAGGUAUAUGAAAAUAGUAGAAGCUCUACCUACUUAUGGAGUCCAUUACUAUGGAGUGAAGGAUAAACAAGGGAUUCCUUGGUGGCUUGGGAUCAGCUAUAAAGGAAUUGGCCAGUAUGAUUUACAAGAUAAAGUGAAACCUCGAAAGUUAUUUCAAUGGAAACAGCUGGAGAACUUAUACUUCCGUGAAAAGAAAUUUGCUGUUGAAGUUCAUGACCCCCGCAGAAUUUCAGUAUCAAGAAGAACCUUUGGGCAGAGUGGACUCUUCGUUCAGACCUGGUAUGCCAAUGCUUCUCUCAUCAAAUCCAUCUGGGUGAUGGCAAUCAGUCAACACCAGUUUUACUUGGACAGGAAACAGAGCAAAGCAAAAAUUCCCUCCGCCAGGAGUUUAGACGACAUCGCCAUGGACCUAACUGAUACAGGCAUGCCAAAAGUUUCCAAAUUGGUGACUCUGGAGGCAAAGCAUCAGUUCAUCAUGGCAAGCAAUGGCAGCUUGAUCUCCUCAGGUUCUCAAGACUCAGAGGUCAGUGAGGAACAAAAGAAAGAGAAAAUAAUGGAAUUGAGAAAGAAAGAGAAGCUUCUCCAAGAAAAACUUCUGAAGAAAGUGGAGGAGCUUAAAAAGAUUUGCCUUCGAGAAGCAGAGCUCACUGGUAAGAUGCCAAAGGAGUACCCACUGAAUUCAGGAGAAAAACCCCCUCAGGUCAGAAGGCGUGUAGGCACCACAUUCAAAUUAGAUGACAACUUGCUUCCCAGCGAGGAGGAUCCUGCCUUACAAGAGCUGGAGAGCAAUUUUGUCAUACAGCAAAAACUGGUGGAAGCUGCCAAGAAACUUGCCAAUGAGCCAGACCUCUGCAAAAACGUGAGGAGAAAGCGGAAGCAAGAGUACACAGAUGCUAUGAAGAAGCUGCAGGAGAUUGAGAAUGCGAUCAAUGAAUACAGAAUUACAUGUGGCAAGAAACCAAGUCAGAAAGCAACCCUCAUUUUGCCAGAAGAUAUAAUCCCAUCUGAAAGCAGUUCCUUAUCAGAUACGACAACCUAUGAUGAUGCCAAUGAUUCCUUCACCCUCCCUGCCCAACGGUCCAGUUCAGUUCCGCAUUCUCCGAGAAUUCCUCCACCCAAGUCUCUUGGUCUGGAGAGGAUCCACUUCAGGAAGUCUUCCGUGAAUGAGCAACUCAUGGAAGGCAGGCAGUCCAGAGAAAUACUGUCAACACACAGUAGUCCCUAUAGAACUCUGGAGAGGCGCCCCCAGGGGGGCAGAAGCAUGCCAACCACCCCUGUUCUCACCCGCAAUGCCUACAGCAGCAGCCAUUUAGAGCCUGACUCUUCCCCACAACACUGCAGGCAGCGGAGUGGAAGUCUGGAGUCUCAGACCCAUCUGCUCUCAGAACUUGAUGGUGACAAGCCAUUCUUUUCCCUUUCCAAAUCCCAAAGAAGUAGCAGCACAGAAAUCCUGGAUGACGGCUCAUCCUACACCAGCCAGUCGAGUGCGGAAUAUUACUGUGUAACCCCCAGCGCAGGCCCCUACUAUACUACACAAACUCUUGACACUCGAGCGAGAGGCCGGAGGAGAUCCAAAAAACAUCAUGUCUCCACGUCCAAUUCUGGGAGCAUGCCCAACCUGGCCCCAAAAGACAUGAGAAACGGCGGCUAUCACAAGAGUCAAGAACAGCCUUCUUGCAGCUACUUUAUUUCCGGGUACCCGCCAUAUGCUGACUGUGAUCUUUAUUAUAGUGGAGGUUAUGUUUAUGAGAAUGACACAGAGGGGCAGUAUAGUGUCAACCCUUCCUACCGCUCAUCAGCACACUAUGGAUACGACCGUCACAAGGAGUACAGGUCCUACCAUGAAGAUGAGAUGGACCGAGUGCCCCACAACCCUUAUGCAACUCUCCGACUGCCAAGAAAGGCACCCGUGAAAUCUGAGCACAUCACCAAAAACAUUCACAAGGCCUUAGUAGCAGAGCACCUCCGAGGCUGGUACCAGCGAGCCUCUGGACACAAAGACUUGGGUCACAGCUUGCAGUCAAGCUUUGAUUCAGACCGAGGCUCACAAAGGAGUCUGGGGUUCGCCGCUUUGCAGGUGCCCUGCUCCCCCAGCAGCCGAGCUUCUUCCUAUACUUCAGUGUCUUCCACAACUGCGUCUGGGAACUGGAAGACACAGAUAACUUUGGGGUUGGCUGAUCCUCUCGCACAUUCUCCUUACACCAGCUGCUAUGCCAAUGUCUACAGUCCUUUGCCACCUCCAAGCAGACAGUACGCCGAGGCCAGUCAACUGGACAGUACAGAUGGGAGCCGGCUGGAAAACAACAUGGACAGUAACGAACAGCGGCUCUUUUGGCAUGAAGAUUCAAAGCCUGGAACAUUAGUCUGAACUCUCGCCUUGACUACUUUUGUUCAAGCUCUGCAUUCUAACCCCAUUGUGCCUUGCCCAGUGUGCUGUUCUUCUGAAAAGAAAUCUUCUUCAGAGAUUCCCCGAAUGUCAAAAACCGAAGACGAAUCUUCAGAGUCCACAGACACCAAUUUUUUUUUGGUUUUCUUUUAAAAGAGAAACAACCACCACCAUCCCCAAAAAGCUCUAAACUUGUUCUUCAAACUCCAAGUGGUUGGCAUUAACCGAACGAGCUCGGGCCAUGGUUUGGUGGGGUCUUUUUGUUGCAUUUUUUUUUAACCCUCAAUAAGUUCGAGCACUUGGUUGAAGUAUUUAUGUUGAAGAAGCACUUUUUAGGUGUUGUUGGCUAAACUGCAGAUUGAAAGAUGGGGACUCUUUUCAAGAGAAAGCAGGAAUUUUCAGAGCACAACUCAGAUGGAUAAAUCGAAGAAAAGCAACACUUGACAUUUUUUUUUUCAGGCAUGAGCUCACAAUGAUAAGUGUAUGGAUUCAUGAGUUUAUGAAGUAUCUCAUACAAACAUGUGAGGACUGGCAGAUUUUAGACAGUAUUGGAAAACUUACUUGAAGGAAGGCUGGAUUUUAAUGGAGGUCUGAAUGGUUUUCAAUGUUUUUAGGGCAAUGUACAGAGUAACGUUUUUGUGAGCACCAUGAAGUGGAUUCUGGGGAAAUGGGGAACGGGGAUGAUAGGUGAGGGAGGGAGGUCCAAGCAAGGCUUGGGAGUGUUGCUGUCACAGCCUCAACUAUGACUCUUCAUCGUAGCAGAAUUGGGAGAUGAAGCAAUAUGUUGAAUUAUUUACGAAUGUGCUUUGUGCAUUUCCAAAGGUACCAUUUCACUGUGCCAAUGAGCUCGUCUUAUCACACCGAGCCGCAUGGUGAACGACUGUUUGAUUGGUAAUGAUCCCAUUGGGCUGCUGAACUUCACAGCCACUGGGCUAGGGAUUGCUUCCUUUGUCAUAAAGUUCUAAAGAGAACACACUGUGAUGGCCAGUAUUUUAAGGUGAUGCAAAAAAACAAACAAACCCAACACUCAGAACUACUGUGCCUUACGAUUGUGGGCAUUAGGAUCCAGCACCAUUGUCUGAGCGUGCUAGGUGCGAUUCUAGGUCACCGAGUGACAUCAAUAAGAGUGCUCCUUAAAAGUCACAAGAAAAAUGAGCUCCACGAUGCAGGUGAUUAAAUUAUGAGGCUAAAAGCUACCUCGUAUUUCCUCUGGAGGAACAAAUAGAGUCGAUGCAGGAUUUUUCAGAAGCACUCACUUUCCUUGUUUGUAAAAAGGAUUCUCCAUUCUCAUCUGUACUGUGCUUCAGAAUCCCAUCAAAGGUGCUCUGGCGUUGUUUUUUUCCUUUUUAUACAGAUGAUUAGUAACUCCUUGUGUAUAUUGUGAAUAGAAAAGUUUCUGGUUGACUUUUUUGAACAUUUUUUUACCUAUAUCCCAAAGCAUGUAAUAUAUACAUAAAGAUGGAUUUGUUAAACUGGUCCUUAGUCAUUUGUAUCAUUAGAAAUGAAGUUUUGUUUUGGUUUUUUGGGAGGGGAGGGAGCGGAGAAUUAAAACAGAAGAAUUAACUUAAUUCCUUUUUUGCAUAUUUGUGUAAUGCGCUAGAAACAGAAAUGUCCUUUUGCAUAUCUUUUUUCUUAUUCUGACUUUGAAGACCUAUUAUUUUCACAUAGGUCAAUAAACUGAAAGUGUGCUACUGAAAA